UGGGCCGGCUUCAGCGUUGCCGCCAUCUUUGUUGAUGUGUCAGCUCCGCGGGGGUUUGGGGAAGCCGCGACCCAGGGAGCGCGGGGUCGGCCCUGUUCCCCACCGCUGCCUCCCCUCACGCCCCCUGAUCUGCUGCACCCCGCUAUGGAGAAGUUAUCCCCUGAGCCGGAGCUUCAGCGGCCUCGUUAGGGGUGCGGCCCGAGGCUCGGAGAAGUGGGAUGUAAAACGAAGAUCAGUGAGAGAUUUGAAGAAAUGCAGAGUGAAUUGGUACCAGUCAGCAUGUCAGAGACAGAGCACAUAGCCUCCAUUUCCUCUGAUAAAAAUAUUGGGAAAACAUCUGAAUUAAAGGAAGAUUCAUGCAACUCGUUUUCUGGUGGUGAAAGCAGCAGCUUAGAAAAUGAGUCCAAACUGUUGUCAUUAAACUUUGAUAAAAAUUUAUGUCCACCUAAUGAACACGAUAAGCACAUUGAAGUACAGGAAAAUUAUAUUCCAGAUCAUGGUGGAGGUGAGGAUUCUUGUGCUAAAACAGACACAUACCCAGAAAAUUCUGAACAAAUAGCUAAUUUUCCUGGUGGAGAUUUUACAAAGCAAGUUUCAAAAACAAAUGAAACAGAACAGACAGUAACACAAAUAUUGGCAGAAUUAAAGUCAUCUACAUUUACAGAAGCAGCUAAUCAAAAGACUUACUCAGAAAGUCCCUAUGAUACAGACUGCACCAAGAAACUUAUUUCAAAAAUAAAGACUGUUUCAGCAUCAGAGGAUUUGUUGGAAGAAAUAGAAUCUGAGCUCUUAUCUACAGAGUUUGCAGAAGAACACCAAGUACCGAAUGGAAUGAAUAAGGGAGAACAUGCGUUAGUUAUCUUUGAAAAGUGUGUGCAAGAUAAGUAUUUGCAGCAGGAGCACACCAUAAAGAAGCUAAUUAAGGAAAAUAAGAAGCAUCAAGAGCUCAUCUUAGGCAUUUGUUCAGAAAAAGACAAUUUAAGAGAAGAACUAAAAAAAAGAACAGAAACAGAGAAGCAGCACAUGAACACAAUUAAACAGUUAGAAUCAAGAAUAGAGGAACUUAAUAAAGAAGUUAAAUCUUCCAAAGAUAAGCUAGUAGCUCAAGACAUUGCAGCUAAAAAUGCAGUUCAGCAAUUGCACAAAGAGAUGGCUCAGCGGAUGGAACAGGCCAAUAAGAAAUGUGAAGAGGCACGCCAGGAAAAAGAAGCAAUGGUAAUGAAGUAUGUAAGAGGUGAGAAGGAAUCUUUAGACCUUCGAAAGGAAAAAGAGAUACUUGAGAGAAAACUUAGAGAUGCAAAUAAAGAAUCUGAGAAAAACACUAACAAAAUUAAGCAGCUUUCUCAGGAGAAAGGACGAUUGCACCAGCUGUAUGAAACAAAGGAAGGUGAAACUACUAGACUCAUCAGAGAGAUAGAAAAAUUAAAGGAAGAUAUCAACUCUCACAUCAUUAAAGUAAAAUGGGCACAAAACAAAUUAAAAGCGGAAGUGGAUUCACAUAAGGAAACCAAAGAUAAACUCAAAGAAACAACAACUAAGUUAACCCAAGCAAAGGAAGAAGCAGAUCAGAUACGAAAAAAUUGUCAGGAUAUGAUAAAAACGUACCAGGAGUCAGAAGAAAUUAAGUCAAAUGAGCUUGAUGCCAAGCUUAGAGUCACAAAAGGAGAACUUGAGAAACAAAUGCAAGAAAAAUCAGACCAGCUAGAGAUGCAUCAUGCCAAAAUAAAAGAACUAGAAGAUCUGAGGAGGACAUUUAAGGAGGGCAUGGAUGAACUCCGAACACUGAGAACAAAGGUGAAAUGUCUAGAAGAUGAACGACUGAGAACAGAAGAUGAAUUAUCAAAAUAUAAGGAAAUUAUUAACCGCCAAAAAGCUGAAAUUCAGAAUUUAUUGGACAAAGUGAAAAUUGUGGAUCAGAUACGGGAGCAGCAUGAAAGAGGUAAACAAGAAAUUGAAAAUUUGAAGGAAGAAGUGGAAAGUCUUAAUUCUUUGAUUAAUGACCUACAAAAAGACAUCGAAGGCAGUAGGAAAAGAGAAUCUGAGCUACUACUAUUUACAGAAAAGCUCACUAGUAAGAAUGCACAACUUCAAUCUGAAUCCAAUUCUUUGCAGUCACAGUUUGAUAAACUUUCCUGUAGUGAAAGUCAGUUACAAAGCCAGUGUGAACAAAUGAAACAGACAAAUAUUAAUUUGGAAAGUAGAUUGUUGAAAGAGGAAGAACUGCGAAAAGAGGAAGUCCAGACCCUGCAAGCUGAACUCACUUGUAGACAAACAGAAGUUAAAGCAUUGAGUACCCAGGUUGAAGAAUUGAAAGAUGAGCUGGUGACGCAGAGACGUAAACAUGCCUCUAGUGUCAAGGAUCUCACCAAACAGCUCCAGCAAGCACGAAGAAAAUUAGAUCAGGUUGAGAAUGGAAACUAUGAUAAAGAAGUCAGCAGCAUGGGAAGUCGUUCUAGUUCAUCAGGAUCCCUUAAUGCUCGAAGCAGUGUGGAAGAUCGAUCUCCAGAAAAUGCUGGGUCGUCAGUAGCUGUGGAUAACUUUCCAGAAGUAGACAAGGCCAUGCUGAUUGAGAGGAUAGUAAGGCUGCAAAAAUCACACGCUCGGAAAAAUGAAAAGAUAGAAUUUAUGGAGGAUCACAUCAAACAAUUGGUGGAAGAAAUUAGGAAAAAAACAAAAAUAAUUCAAAGUUAUAUUUUACGAGAAGAAUCAGGCACGCUUUCUUCAGAGGCAUCUGAUUUUAACAAAGUCCAUUUAAGUAGACGGGGGGGCAUCAUGGCUUCUUUAUAUACAUCCCAUCCAGCUGACAGCGGAUUAACAUUGGAACUCUCCUUGGAGAUCAACCGAAAAUUACAGGCUGUUUUGGAGGAUACAUUACUGAAAAAUAUUACUUUGAAGGAAAAUCUGCAGACACUUGGAACAGAAAUAGAACGUCUUAUUAAACACCAGCAUGAACUAGAACAAAGGCCGAAGAAAACCUAAUACAAAGCUCUUGCUCAGUACGCCACGCGAGGAACAGGUGCCACUCCCCAGGAUCUGGGAAACUUUCCCCUGCAUUUUGUGUCAGCCAGUAAAAAACUUGUUUCGCUUUAUCUGUAUAAGAAAGUAUCCUUUUACAAUACAAAUGCAUUGCCGUAUGUGCUCUAAGAGUGUAAGCUUUGAGGAAGUUUGUUUUUGUAUGGUGACAGCCUGUCAUGGGAUCGGAACAACUUAAUGUAACUUAUUAACAGUCAUACAAAGUGCUGAAUGUUACUACAAGGGCUUUUGAAAACUCCUUCUCCAUAUUUCUUCCCUUUAAAAUACAGAAUGUCAAAAAUGGUUCAGCUUUUUAAAGUUAUCCAUGAAAGAACAGGUGUUAAUCAUUCAGAAAAAUACUAUUUCUCCAACGUGAAGGAAACUAAAGAAAUGAUGAGAAUCUUUGUUAUGACGUCCAGUGUAACCUUUGGUUGUGCUUUAGAGCUGCUGGUGAGGCCUUCAAUCUUUCCAUUUCAGUGGGAGCUCACGGGAAAGCUGGCUCCUGGUAACUGACAGUGUUCAGGCGUUGUGUGCCUCUGUCAGGUUUCCUUAUCUGUGCUAGGUACGUUUUUUCAGAUUCGAAUUAUUUGAGUUAACUAGUUUUUCUAAUCUUCGGUUACAUAAAAUAUGAUUUUAAAUAACAUGCUCCUUUAGAAAAUUCCUGUGGACUUCAGUUAUAUUUUAAAAUGUGAAAUGGAUUAGUCAUUAGAACAGAGAGAUGAAUAGUGAAUUUUGAAACUGAAAUACUUUAGAUUUACUGACAUCAAGUAUAAAGAUAAAUGUUUAAGAUAUUUUUAAAGAACCAGUUCCCAAGAGAAUGCAGCAUAUGGCACUGUUCACCGUUUCAUUUAAGCACCAUUCUUUACCAUUGAUACAAUUGUAUAUUAUAGUGAAGUGAUCUUAUCCCCAAAUAUGGUAUGUUUCAGUAUAUUUAUUUAAAACAAAAUAAUUGCAUCUUUGUAACCAAAGAAAUUUUAGAGCCAAACCUUAUGUAUCCUGUUGGAUUUUUACAAUUUUUAUUUAAGAUGUGCACUUAAACGUUGCCAUAGUAUUAGUAUUUCUGUCAUUGACUUUUUUUCUCGCCUCUUAUAAUUUCUCACAUGUUCUGAUUUCUCUGUGUGGUUUUCACAUUUCACCAUAUUCAGAUCAUUUCUAUAAUAGGAUACCUUGGCUCAUAUGCAGAUGUUGCAGCAAGCUUCAUUUCUGUUUUGGAUUUUCGCAUCCUUUUUUAUCCCUUAAGAGAAGUAAGCUUUGGGGGUGAUGGAUUAAAAGCCUUUAAAGAAUUGUAUGACUCUCAAAGUUGGGCCUGUAGUGGCACUGGCCCUUUAAUGUAUUUUAACAUUUUUUGGUCAAUUUAACAUUGUUUAAAAAGAUUAUUUACUAAGGAUUAGAUGAUUCAAUAUAGUGUCUUAUUUUUUCUGUAUAUUGAGUUAUAUGUUGUCAUCCAAAAACACAAUCUUUUCACUUCAAAAUGGAAAUAUAAAUUCAAAAAGUUCUAUUUUUAAAAUAGCUGUAGAAAGUAUUAGUCUUGCUGUAAUGUUCUUUUUACCAGUAAUUUAUCAAAAUAAAGAAAAUAAGAGGGUAAGUGCAAUCAAAUCUGAAUUAUUUCCCCAUUUGUUUCUAGACAUACUGUUGUACUCCGAAAAACUACUUCAAGUCGCCCUGACUAAAUUUUUACAGCUUCUUGUGUGAUACAGAUUCAUAGACUAAAAUACUUGUUUUUUUCCUCCAAGACACAAAAUGUAUUAGUGGAAACCAAAUAAUGAUUAGAUCCAUAGUGUCCUAUGUCUGUACACUUUUAAAAAAUAUAUACAUUUAUUACAUACAAAAAUGAAAUUCCAGUAUUAAACAUUUGUGCCACCAAUCAUUUGGAGUUUAAUGGUGAAACAAUUUUAGAAGAAAGCUAUUAUAAAUCGUAUUUUGACUUGUUACUUUUUUCCCCCAUAAAUGUAAGAAACUAUGGAAAACUUUUGAAGAAAAUGCUUGUUUUCCUUUUGUUCUUCAGUUUCUCCUGUACCCUUUAGUGUGGGGGUCAGGACAGAGCAAAGUAAUGCACCAAAAUGUGCGCACAUCAGAUCUCUGUCUCUGUCCCGACGCACAGACAGCUCCUCGUGUGAGGGUUCAGAGGGCCUUCUCCUCUCACUGUGUUGAAUACAUGGGGAGAAGAUUGGGGUGUCCGGAAAAGGAAAAUGGUCUGGAUAAACCUGAGAUGUUGGGGAAAAUGUGUCUUAUAUAUUCAUUAUUAUUUGUACACAUCAAAGGGUGUUUUGGUUUCUUAGCACUAUUUUGAUUUCUUUGAGCAGGAAAUGACUUUUAUGUGUAUGUAUAUGUAUGCAUACACUUUACCAGGUUUUAAUUUUAAAGUGAAUACUUACUGUGACUCCCUUUUUCCCAUACCACUUCAAACUUUAGCUUAAGUUUUAAGGAUUGAAAGUGUUGGGUUUGGGCAGAACAACGAGUUUGAACUUUCAUGUUUUAUUAUUUUUUUUCUAUCUUCAUAAUCAUUUAAAAUGAUUUAUCUUAAAAUUAAAUUUUAUUAAGCUACCAACAUGUUAUUUAUUCAUUUAAUAAACACAUUUAUUGAAAACCUACUAUUGCCAGGAACCAUACAGGGUAUUGUGAUGAUAUGUGAACAGAGCAGGCAGGGCAGUUCCUGUCCUCACAGAGCUUGUGGUCUUGUGAAGAUAAAUAGGAGACAGUAGGAGCAGCUCUGUGAGCCUCUGCUGCUCACAGCCAGCCCCUGUGGGAGAGUUAAUCCACUUGUGCAAGUAGGUGGCCCCAGGUCUCACUCUGAGGUGUAGCUUCGGGAACUGAGUCCUUCCUGAGGUACACUGAGAGCAGAUUGCUGUUUUCAUGACGGUUCUGCACAUUCUUAACUUUUGUCACAGUUUGAUGUUUAAUUAUUCUUUAAGAAAAAGGAAAGAAAAUCCAAAGAUGAUAAAAUGGCAUCUGAGUUUUGCCAUUUUACUAAAUUAUUAAUGCCUACUUUCUGCUCAUAAAAAUUAAUCUAAUCAUGUUGUCAUGUGUGUUUCCAAACUUUGUUUUGCAGUAUAUUAUUUUCUAAAGAUUUUUCCAUAUAAUUUAGACCAAGAUUUAUCGGUAGAAGAAAAAAACAUUAGAAACCAUUAAUUUUAUAAAUAUUAUAUAUGCUACCCUGGUGGAAAUAUUUUUAUUCAUCAUGUUGUUAUUCAGUGUGAUUAAUUUGCCUUAUGAAUGUUGACUCCGGUAGCCUAUUUUCAAUAACCUUUUUUUAAAACAAAACAAUUCUUUUUUGACACUAAGAUUGUUAAUUUUUAACACCAGUCAGUGGAACUAAAAACCUGAAGCUUUUCAAGACUGAACAAGAGAAAAUAAUCGAAAAAAUAUCAAAACAUUAUGAAUUUUCAGGAAAAUAAAUGAAAAACAUAACUGUAUAUUAAAGAUGUAUUUUUCUUCUGGAGUGGAAUCCUUUUCUAAAAUGCAUAUGGCUGUCCAUUUUGACUACAAUGAUGAAACUUGCUUAUCUUCCAAAGUUCAUAUAUAUAUACACAUAUGUGUGUACUGUACAGAUAAUCUUUAAUUUUAUCACACUGUUCAUUUUGUAAAUAUAUUUCUGUAUAAAAUGAAGCUUUUCAAGAGAAUUCUAUGUAUAUAUUGUACUUAUUAAAUAGGUAAUGCCUGUUUACCAAGUUGUAUUUUAAUGGCAUCUUUGAUUAUUUAUUUACGUACACUACUUGCUAAACAGACUGAUUCUCCAGACUGUUGGCAAGGCUGAUUCAAAUCACUUGAAUUUUCUUUUUUAAACCAGACUAGGAGUUUUUGCUUUCCAUGUUUGUCUUUAUUCUACCAAUUAUCAUUAGAAGUCAAUGAACAAUAGUAAGCAGAUUAAAUUGAAUGCCAGGUUGUUUUAAAUUUUUGUUUAAAUUGGUGGUAGCAAAAUUUGGCCUUUUACAAAAGGCAAGCUUUUAUAUGCCUCUGUGAAAAUUUCUCAUUGAACUUGAUGAGCCACUAAUAUAUUCAUAUUUUCCACAAAACUAUGGAACUUAUUUGCCCAAAUUAUCUGGCCUUCAGAAUAAAGAUCUAAUAUGUUCAAUCAAA